UAGCUCCACACUGCCACAGCUGUUAAGUUGAGCUCCUACAGGCUACAAGAGGAAGAGGAUUUUGAAGUCUGCAGCCAAUGGCGCCCCUUCCUCCAUACGCUGCUUAAUCGAAAUCUCUUGUCUUCGCCUUUCCCCUUCUCAUCCUCACUGCCCAUUUAAUGGGUGGAAGUGGAACAUCUCAAUUGCUGCACAACUUCCUCAAAAAUGGACGCAGGCCAGCUUCUCUUUCUGUUGAAGACGCGUUGCUUUUAUUCGAUGAGAUGGUUCGCUUGCGACCCUUCCCACCGGUUCGGGCUUUUGAUAAACUUUUGGCUUCUCUUGGGAAAGCGAAGCUUUAUACAACAGCUAUUUCUCUGUAUAGAAAGAUGGGUUCUUUACCAAUCCUUCCCACUCUUUAUACUCUGAACAUGGUAAUGAAUUGCUUCUGCCACUCGAAUCGAGCCGAUUUGGGCUUCUCUGUACUUGGAGUCAUCCUGAAACGAGGCUAUGAACCAGAUGUUGUGACUUUAUGUACCAUGAUUAGGGGACUUUGUGCUGGAAAUGAGAUCGCCCAGGCGAUGGAAUUGUUCUACAAGAUUGUAGACAAAGGUUACCCAUACAACGACGUCACUUAUGGAACCAUCAUUAAUGGGCUUUGCAAGACUCGAAACACCUGCAGGGCUCUUGGAAUCCUCAGAGAGAUGGAGAAAAGGGGUCAGUGUAAACCCAGCUUACACAUAUAUAACACAAUCAUUGAUGGUUUGUGCAAAGAGGGACUCGUAAACGAUGCCCUGAACCUCUUCUCGGAAAUGAAAGAAAAAUGCAUAUCACCUGAUGUUGUCACCUACAGCUCUUUAAUAUAUGGACUCUGCAAUCUUGGCCGGUGGAAAGAAGCUUCAAGCAUUUUUAAGGACAUGGUGGACUGUGAAAUCUCUCCAGACAUCGUGACCUACAACAUUUUGGUGCGUGCUUUGGCCAGAGAAGGUUUGAUUAGCGAAGCACGUGCUGUAUUUGAAGUAAUGCUGCAAAAGGGAGAGAAGCCUAAUCUUAUCACUUACAAUGCUUUGAUUCAUGGCAUGUGUCUUUCAGGCCUGUGGGGAGAAGCCACGAGGUUGUUAAAUGAAAUGAAAGAAAAAUGCAUCUCACCAAAUGUUGUGACCUACAGCUCUUUAAUUUAUGGACUUUGCAAUCUUGGCCGGUGGAAAGAAGCUUUAAGCAUUUUUAAGGACAUGGUGGACUGUGGAAUCUCUCCAGACAUCGUGACCUACAACAUUUUGGUGGUUGCCUUGGCCAAAGAAGGGAGGCUUAGUGAAGCACGUGCUGUGUUUGAAGUAAUGCUGCAAAAGGGAGAGAAGCCUAAUCGUAUCAUUUACAAUGCUUUGAUUCAUAGCUUGUGCCUUUCAGAGAUGUGGGAAGAAGCCAUGAAGUCGUUAAAUGAAAUGGUGGAACGAGGACUCUUACCCAAUAUUGUGACCUACAAUUCGUUGGUGGAUGCUCUUUGCAAGAAAGGAAUGGCUACAAAAGCACACGAGAUAUUAGAAGUAAUGAUUCAAGCAGGGGUGGAGCCUGACAUUAUAACAUACACAGCAUUGAUAGAUGGAUACUGUUUACACGGUGAAAUGAACAAGGCAGAAGAAAUCUUAGCUUCCAUGUUGAGUAGGGGUCUUGAACCUAAUAUAUUUACCUAUACCGUGUUAAUUAAUGGCUAUUGCAAAAGCAAGAGAAUAGAGAAGGCAGUGCAGCUCCACAGUGAAAUGUGUAAGAGAGGAUUGGUGCCUGAUUCUGUUACUUACAACACUCUCAUAGAUGGAUUGUGCCAAUUGGGAUUGCUGAAUGAAGCUGAAAAUUUGUUGAUGAAAAUGGGAGAGAUGGGUUGUUCUCCAAAUGAUUGCACUUUCAAUGUCAUAGUACGUGGAUUUCUCCGAAAACAUGAGAUAGAUAAGUCAUUCCAACUUCUUAAUGAAAUGGCCAAGAGAGGAUUCUUACCAGAUUCAAUGACUACAUCUAUAAUUAUGGAUUUGAUUGCAAAAGAUGGUUUGGAUCAUAAAUCCCUUCAAAUGUUUCGUGCAUUUUUGCAAUAUGAUAAUUGAAAAGUUGUCUAGAAGACCAUACCCAAAACAGAGGACCUCAGGUGGCUAGAAGAUGUCUGUGUAGGCUGCUAAAGGGAAUUUGCUAUAUCUUUGCUUUGGUUGUAGUUAUUCAAAGUAUAUAUGGGAAUUCUUUUUUGGUCUCUUUGACAUUGACAUUUGGGAUCCAAGAUCCCCGGGAAACAUUUUUGCUCAUUGGCCUACAUUAAAAGGAAAUACCUUGCUUGGAGCUGUGUACCUUUUUCCACUUGUAGGGAAGUUUGGAAGGAGAGAAACAGAAGAAUUUUUUAAGACAAAGCACGAGGGGAGGGCAAAUUCUAUGAUAUGAUGUAAACAAAUUAUGGACUGGAUUCUCAUCUUACCGGAAGUUGGAGGGAUUUCAUAAGAAGCAUUUGAAAAUGGUUUUUGGUCUCUAUUUGAUCUGGGAUCAAGGAAUUAAUUCUUGUGUCUGAAUUUUUUGUUGU